AUGGAUGAUGAUUUGAGGGGGUCGGCCAUCAACACAGCCCAGAGCACGGUCGGCCUAGAUGGGUCGAACAGGCGCAUCCAGGGAGCCUUGUGUCGGGCGGCACUCGUGGCGGAGCUUCGCCCGCAUUUCGAGCCGACCAGGAAGAGCACCGAGCAGUGCGGCACCGAGAAGAAGGCGGCCGCGACUUUCGAGGAGGCGGCGGCAUUGAUCCCAGCCCAUGAUCGAGCGCGGGUCGAACUGGUGAACUUCGCGCAGGCGGACCAGUCAGUCCCCGACCAGAAGAAGCAGGCGCCGACCGCCCAGGCCGACGUCGAGGUGAUCAGAGGCCACGCGUUUCGGCAGAAGGCGCGGGGCGACAAUAUUCAGCUCAAGAUCGAGUUGUUUGUCAUCCCAGAGCUGGGGUCCGUGACGAACGAGAUCAUGGCCGCGAUCGCCUUCAACGCAGAUGUCGAGCUCAAACGUGUCCGGAUCACCAUCGUCAUAGACGCCAGGGCGGCUGGGGCCGAGGCCUCGGAAGGCCUCGGAAGCGGCAGGAAGGACGUGUUCUCACGCCCCCUUGCGGGCCCGGUCGUGCAGCAGGUCAACAGCAAGAUCCUGUACUGGCACCAGCCCACUCCGGGUGUGAGCUCCGGGGUCUUCGAGAAGAUCCACGGCGCCGGCGCCAUUGCCGAGCAAUCUUGCUCCCCCGACGGCGCUGGCGCGCCGCCGCUUCCGGCCGCCGAAGCUGCGGAGGCGCCAGCAGGCGCCUCGGGCACCCAAGCCGUGGUCGACGUCUGCCGCGCGGGCGCGGUGCGGCUGUUCCGCGCCAGCGGCUCGGGUUCCUCGCGCAGCCUGCUGGAGGACGCGCUGCCCAUCCAGAGGACCAGCGCCCUGCUGCUGGUGGCGGUGCCCUCGGAGGUGUCGCACGGGGAGCUCGAGGCCUUCCUCGGCGGCUCGCUGGCGGACGUGGAGGCGCUGCGGGUGCUCCAGCGCGGCAGGGCCGAGUCCGCCCCAGGCUGCACCUCGGGCAGCUCCUGGUCGGGAGCGUCCACGUCGGCCGCCGCAGCAGAGCUGGAGCCCGGGGGGGCGUCCGGUAGCUUCUAUUCCGUCGUCGUGCUGUGCAGGACGCAGGCUGGCGCGGACGCGCUCUACAAGGCCAACCACGGGCUUGUGCAGCGUCUCGGCCCAAUGGCGGCGCCGAGGAGGUCUCCUGCGGCGUUGCGAGCGGGGCGGGACUGCUCCGCCCUCAGUGACGCCCCCUCGAUGGCGGCUGGCCGCGGGCUCCGCCGCACCGCCACCAGAGGCGCGCCUGCCGGGGACCGGGUCAGCGAGGACGUCCGCGCCCGCCUCCGCGAGCGCGUCGCCCGGACAGUCGAAGCUGCCGAGCGCGCCGAGGCCGGCAGCGCCCACGCAAGGGUGAUCGCCGAGCGGGGCAGGGAAUUGCUUGUCGAUCUCCAGGGCAGGCAGCGCGGCCUGGGCGAUUCAGGGCCGUCCGCCCCCGCGCGGGCCGAGAUGGCGCUUGCCGCGGCAGCUGCCAAGCUGCCAACAGCAGCCCUGAGCCUCCGCGAGACGCGCGUCGCGCAGCACGCGAGGGAGGACUUCAACACGAUGCGCGCGGUGGUCUUCACCCACGUGGAGUUUGGGCCGGUGUUCCUGCUCUUCUGCAAGGGCUGGCUGUCCGGCACCGAGUGGGCGAAGCUGGCGGCCGACUCCGCCGGCAGCGGCUGUUGCCGGGCUUGCUCGCGCAUCGCCCGCGCUCAGGUCGCCGUGGGCGAGGGCAAAGGGUCGUCGUGCGAGGCGUGCGGGAAGGAGAAAGGCAUCUGGGUGUGCGUCGUCUGUGGCCACCUCGGCUGCGGGCGAUACGACCUCGGGCACGCCAAGGACCACGCCACGGACCUGCGGCACCGCUUCUGCCUCGAGCUCAUCACAGGGCGCAUCUGGGACUACUCUGGCGAUGUAUUCGUGCACCGGCGGCUCGUGCAGAUGGCUGCGGCGUCGGGCGGCUUCUUUGACGUCACGCUGUCGGCCCCCGCGGCCGCGAGCGAGGCGCACCAGGGACCGCAGCAGGGCCUGAAGCAGAGCCGCUCUGGCCAGAGCGAUGUCCAGGCCAUGGAGCUCGACGCAAUUCUCACGUCGCAGCUGGACCACCAGCGCUCCCUGUACGAGGUGGGGCUGGCGGAGCUGACGGAGGAGCACUCGAAGGCGCUGCAGCGCGAGCACGCCAAGAUCCAGGAGGAGCAGGCCCUCCGCGGGCGCCUGGAGGCCAGGGCGGCAGAGGCGGAAGGGCGCCGGAGGGGCCUCGAGAAGCAGCUCGCCGCUUCGCAGAAGUCCCGCGCGGAGGUGGAGGAACGGCUGGCCUUCCUGAAGGAAUUGAACCAGUCCUUGCUCGCCAACCGCCGCGACAUCGACGCCCGAGCGGACGGGGGAGGCCAGGGCAGCACCGGGGGCGCGGUCGACGCUGAGAACGACCCGCUCUUGUGCAGGAGUUUGAGGUGCAGCGGGAACCGCGACCGCGACGUCAACUGGGGAUGCGGCCGACGCGCCAAGACACUUCAGAUCUGUCCCUGGCGCUUAGCUGAGCGCGUGGCGCAUGGCAUCGUCGCGCUCAAAGCCGCGGUGGAAAGCCCAGUCGCCUUGAUGACCGUGCUCUACUCGGUCACGGGAGCCAGCAUCAGCCCAGAGGCUUUCCAGGAGCUUGAGCGCCUGGAAGGGCGCGCCCUGACCGCGCAAGGCGGCCCGCAGAGUGCCGCUGGUUCGACGAAACAUUCAGAGCUGUCCAAGAGCGCCGCGCCAGCCAACGCAGAGUCUUUCUCCGCGAGGCACGUGUGCAGCAGUCUAAAGAUCCCGUGGCAGGAGGUCGUGGGCGGGGGCGUUUCGAGUUCAAGUUCGCAGCAGCAGUGCGUGCAGCACUUCGGCUUCUUCUUCCACUUUGUCCUCGGGGAGUUCCCGUUCUUCUACUUCCUCCAGUUCGGCUGGGUCCUCUCCGCCGCGGCCAUGGGCUUCAUCGCUGGUGACUUCAACUUCGUUGCAGAAAGGGCUGGGGGCUCGCGCUUGUCUGAGCGCAAGGUCUACACCUCGCAUGCCAUGUCUCACUUUGUCUCCCGACUUUUUCCGUCCAUGUGCGAGGUCGAACAGACCUUCCGGGGAGUCGAGGGCGCGCCCCGCUGGGUCUCCAAGCGCCCCAUGUCACCCGUCAGGUGCCAGGGUGUGCGCGACAAGGUCAGCGCACUUCUCUCUAAGGAACGCGAUGCAGCUCCUAGGCCCGAUGGGCUACCGUACUCGGCGCUGACGCGAGCUGGCGACUUCGCGCGCCAUGCGCUGUAUCACGUGCAUCGCGAGCUGCGGGUGGGCCGGCUGUCCAGCCCGAACUUCAGCGAGGGCGACGCCGUCUUUGUGGCCAAAGGUGCCGAGCAGAACGGGGACGUAUGA